AUGCAUUUUAAACUGAACAUAAAUGAACACAUGUUGCGAAUGAAAUUACAUUUUUUCCUUUAUCUGGGUGGUAAGUAUAUAUCUUAAAUUAUUUGUUUUUAUCAUGGAAUAUGUUAUCAUGAAAUUUAAUAAACGUCUAGGGAUUGUUCAGUGAAAAGUAUCUAAAAUCAUUUAUAACGAUUAUUUUGCAACCAUUUCAUGAAACGGAUAUUGUUUUAUACACUUACCUGGACAACUUUUAAAGAAAUUGAUUUCAAAUGUUUUUUUUCAAAUGCAAUUUUUUUUACGAUAUGGAACUAAUUUAUUGGUCGUUUAUAAUUUAACGUUGCGUAUAUAUUAUUAAUUUAUUUUAUUUUUCUUUUUUGAAUUUUUUUCUAGGUGUUUCAACCUUUAUAGGAUUUUCGCCAACAAUAGCGAAACAAUUGGGUUAUUCGCCAGAAGUAGUCGGUUUCCUCUACACAUACUUAUCUAUUUUAUCCUUUUUAGUCAAACCAAUUUUUGGAUUUAUCGUUGACCAAUUUCCUAUAAGAAGGAUUGUAUUUCUAACCGUUAUUAUGCUUAGUGGCUUGUCAAUAUUUUCUAUGCAAUUUAUUGAGAAGUUACCAACAGAAACAGCAGCAAUUUUAAACUGCAGUAAUUUAACAACAGUAUUAACCGUUUGCUCAAAUACCAAAGGUUUGAGAUUGGCUCCGUGUGAUGACCGCCUGUCGAAACGAUUAUCAAACGUUUCCGAACCUGUUACAUGCCAAGUACGUUUUUAAUUUAGUAAAAAUAUGUAGAGCAGUUAAUAUGGGUAUUCCGAAUAAACUAUUCUGAAUACUGUACAUAGAAUACUUCAUAAGUAGGUGUAACAAAUAUUAAAAAAAAAAAUUUAGGAAGUAUUAAUUAUUGUAUUACCUACUAAUAGUUUUAAAGGUUUUUAUUCAUUAAAAAAAAUACCUUUUAUUACUCUCAUUUUUGUAUUUAAUGUAUAUUUUUUAAAGAACUAUUAAUUAUUUUCGGUUAAUAGAAAUAAUCCGAUUUUUUCACAUAUUCCUCUAAAAAUUUAGGAAUUUGUACCCGAUGGUAGAAAAUAUUUGUUAUAAUUCUUUACAGUUCACUCCCCUUUAGUCUUUACCCUUUAUUUUUGGCUUCUUUCUCAGAGAGCAAUUAUUUUCAAUUAGUUCAUAACUACAACAGUAGUACAGCAUAUCAAUUUUUUUUUUAUAGAUGAUUUAAUUUCUAAAAUACUCCUAAUACUUUAAAGUUUAAGUAUUUUAAAGUCGUGGAAUUGUGAUUUUGAAUAGUGCGGGUGAGCCCAAUCGCAGAUGAAAAAUUGAAAAAUAAAUACAAUUUUAAGUUUCUAAAUUGUCCUAUUAGUUAUCAUGUCAAGAAAAUAAGCAGUUUUGGGAUGAAUCGUGUACAUCUUGGAACAUUACUGCAGAUUAUUGUGCAACACCAAACGAUACGAUUAAAUCAAAAGAACUCUACUAUCUCAAUAUAUCUUUAUCUAUAAACACAACAUAUCAGGUAAAAUAUAUUGAAAUGUUUUGUUUAUAAAUCUUAAUUAUACAAUUUUCUAAUCAAAAUCUGGUUUAAAUUAUAGAUUAGAAAAAAAAACAUUUUCUCCUAGUUUAACAUAGUAAAGAAGAUAGGUCAUAAAUUAUGAAAUGUUUAAAAAAUGUAAUGUUUAUUUAUUUUAUUUAUGGUUAAGAAUAAUUUUUUAUUAUAAAUCUUAACGAAUAAUAAUGAAUAUGCGCCAAAUAAAAUGUUAAACGUUAUUGUUUUAGUUCCCUAUAUAAGUACAAUUAUUUCUUAUUACGCCUUUAUCCACUUUUAGGGUCAACAAAAUGAUAUUAAUUUUGAAGUUGAAUCAAUAAACAUCAAGAAAACAGAAGUUUCGCCGUCUUAUUGUAAUAAUCCAGUGAGUACUCGAUGCAAGAUAAAUUGCUCUAAAGAUGUAAUAAUGAGGUUAGCAACUGUCACUGAGUAUAAUAAAAGUAUUUUUGGCUUAAGACAAUUUUGGGAAUAUCUCAUUGUUAUGAGUGUAUUUUGGAUUAGCCAAGCUAUCACUUGGAGUUUACAAGACCCAAUUUGCCUUGAUCUUUUAGGUGGGUAAUUGUAUACUGUAUAAUAAAUGUAUACCGUGUGUUCACGAUAGGGUGUAUCACUUAAUAUUUCAGCUGGAUGACUUUGGAAGUAGAAUUUUAUAUUUUAAAAAAUUUUCGUAAAAUGUUGAAAUUUAAUAUUUACAAAAAAUCUCUUUCUAACGAAAUUUUAGGGAUCAUAAUAACUUUAAAAUUUAGACGUUCUCGAUAGUUAUUUUUUUUUAAUCUGUACACAAGUUAAAUUUUAUUGUACUGUAAUUUUGCUAAUUUUGUAAUUAAGAAAAACUUUUUAUUUAAACAUUUUAUAAAACAAAUUACUACCCAAGUUUGUAUAUAAAAACUGAAAUUUAUAUUUUAAAAUAUAUAAAAAAAAAUUUUAUUUGAUCAUUUGAAAUAUUAAGUGGUUCCUAUUACAUAAAGUAUACAAUUAAAAUUAUAUAUGAUUUUUUUAACUUUGCAAACAACUUGUGUCUAUUUUAUUCUGAUAAAAUAAACAUAAAUAUACCUAAGUAUAAUACAGAAGUUAUUAAUUAUUAUUGAAAUAUAUUGUCAUUUGGUAAAGGUGAUAAGGCCAAUGAUUUCGGAAAGCAAAGGUGUUGGGGUUCUGUCAGUUGGGGAUUAUUCGCAGUAUUCGGCGGUGUACUUGUUGAUUAUUUGAGUGAUAGUGAUUAUUCCAAAAACUAUGUUCCAGUUUUCUAUCUAUGUCUAAUCGUCAUACUAUGCGAUUUUAUAUUAGCUUACAAAAUAAAAGUAAGUUUGUAAUGGUUAUAGAUAUAUUCAUAAAUACGAGUAUAUUUUGCUAUGUACUGCAGAUACUCGGAUAAUAUAUUAAUAUUAACUAGCAACUUAUUAAAUAUUAAAUUAUAUUUUUGAAAUUGUUUCAUAAUAAUGUAGGUCACCGAGAAUGUUUCGUCUAAGAAUAAAAUUUCAGACAUAUUUAAAUUAUUAACAAAUCUAAAUGUUAUAGUAUAUGUUGUUUGGAUUUUAGCAAUGGGUAUAUGUACAUCUUUAGUUUGGAAUUAUCUAUUUUGGUAAGUUUAAAUUAAAUAUGUGAAUUGACAUAUAAAUGGCCAUAUUAUAUUCAUGAUAUUUGAUAUUUAUUUAACUAUAAACUGAUAUUGUUUGUAUUUUAUAGGUAUAUGGAGGAUAUAAAUUCGAAGUUCCAUGGUGACAAACACUCUUGGAUAAAAACUUUAGAGGGUGCAGCCUUGUUUAUUCAAUGUCUCGGUGGCGAAGUACCAUUCUUUUUUUUUUCCGGUUGGCUCAUCAAACGAAUAGGUUGUUCGUAUUGUAUGUGCUUAGGACUGUUUGGUUUUGCCGCCAGAUUUUACUUGUUCUCGAUAAUAACUGAUCCCGUCUGGAUAUUACCAGUUGAAUUGUUUGACGGCAUUACGUUUGGUCUGUUUCACGCCGUUAUGGUGGCGUACGCCAGAAUUAUUGCACCUCAAAACGCUGUUACUACGGUAGUGGGAUUUGCUGGAUCAAUAUUUGAAGGUGUUGGUGUGUAUCACAGUUGUAUAUUAUUUUAUCCAAACUUUUGGUUGAAAUCACUAUCAUAGCAAAUAGUAACAAUGUUGAUAUAUAUAAAUAUAUUUAUAAAUAUAAUAUACAUGCCAAGGUAACAAAUGAAAAAUAAUUUAAAAUGGGGCUAAAAAUGUGUGGUUUUUUAUUUUUAUUAUAAUUUAUAGUAUAAUAUAAUAAUAAAUAAUUUGAAUCGCCGAAAUCCUCUUUCAAGUGGUAUGGCUUUGAUACUAGCUAUAAUAAUGCCGUAUAGCUUUGUUUGUGAAAAACUAAAAUCCGUUGUCCUUAUAUAAGAUACGCUUUUUUUUAUAGUAUGACAAACAAAUUAAAAUAUAAUAGUUAUAGUUUUUUUCUACUCAUUUCACCAGAAAAAUAAAAAAUCGAUUACCAACUAUAGGAUCGAGAAUGAAAUAUCAACUUUAGGGGUUGAAAUUCCAAAAUUCUCUUAUUAAUGCUUGUCCUACAUCUCUGUUGAAAAUUGCAUUUUUUUCGUUUCGAUAAUUUAGACUGUUUGACAGUCAUAUGUCAUGUUUUUAUAUAUUGUAAUAUGUAUUUUAUAGAUAUACUUGUAAGAACUCUAAAAAUGUAUUUUUAUUUAAGUAUCUAACUGUUAUCAUAUUGCUUUUUCAGGUUUAUCUCUUGGAGGUUUAUUGGGUGGAUAUACUUACGAAAGAUACGGAGGGUCGUGGACAUUUGAGUUAUUUGCAUACGGUGCAUUAAUAAUGGGCGUUAUUCAUUUGAUAAUUAUAAAGAUAAUGAAAUUAUAA